UCGAGGUAGUAUCUCGAACGUAGGUAACCCCGUUAAGUCUCCAUCUGCGAAUCUACUGUACUGUCUUGUCUAUUGAGAAAGACAAUACAACGUGCUUAUUAGUUUUCUGUGUUUUUUCCUUUUUGUGUUGAUUGCAAUUUUUGAUUUUUGAUGAGUUUAAUAUUGUAUUUGUAUUUUAACUUCUUGAUAAUUUAUAUUUUAAUAUUUUAAUCGGUUCGAUUGCGGUACCUUCCACUUUGUUUCUUUUGAGAUCAAAAAAAUACGAGAUAAGUUGAAUCAUGUGAAAAUUUAAAGCACACAAGAAAUUGAUAGAAUAGAAUAAUUGAUACAAUAAAUCAAUGAUUAUCGAUUUUUAAACGAACGCGAGUGAAUUUCAAGAAAAAAAAACCCGGCUAAUUAGACGGCCGUGGUUAUAUAGUUAAACGAUGAAGCGGGAUUAUUAGUGAUUCAGUUUACUUUAAACAACUUAACUGAUCGAUUUGAAUGGUGAUGUUUUAUUCAGAUAAAUAUCAAUACGGUGCAAAAUAACGAAUAUGAUAAAAACGUACUGUUUGGCGAUAAUUAUUUGUUCAUUUUUUAACAUUGUUCUGACGAGAGAAACGAAAUGGAUACCGUGCGUCGAGUUGAAACGGGAUUUACAUAUCCCGUGCAAAUGUUCCAUCUCAACAGACUACAUCGGAUCGAUCGAAAUGAAUUGCGAUCAAGUGGUGUUUACGCGGAGUACUACGGACAGUUUAAAAGGACAACCGAUCGUUUCCAUGAGUCAAAGGAACAGCGGAUAUCAAAAUUUACCAGAAGAUUUGCUCAAUUCCGGUUUAAAUUUAAAGAAACUCGAUCUAUCUGAUAAUUCGAUUUAUAAAUUGAUGGGUCGAUCCCUUCAAGCACAGACUCAAUUAGAAGAAUUAAGACUUGCCGAUAAUUUUUUGGGCGAUAAUCUGAAUCCGAUAUUCUCGAGUAACGAGUUCCACGGUAUGAAAGAACUGAGAUUACUCGAUUUGUCUAGAAAUGGACUUCGAAGCUUAGAAGAAGGCAUCUUUAAAGGAUGCGAGAAUCUGGAACAACUUUAUUUAAAUGGCAAUAACUUGACGACAAUACCGACAAUGUCAUUAAAAGGACCCAAGUCUCUUAGAGUACUUUCUCUUUCUGGAAACAAUAUUGGAUCACUUCCACGUGCCGCUUUGUUGAUGCUAGGCGAAUCGCUGUUACGAUUAGAUUUAAGUGAAAACGAAUUGUCUCAUAUGGAGGAUGGUGCACUUUUGGGUCUUGAACGAUUAUUUUUGUUAAAUAUUUCUCGCAACGAUCUUAGCCGCUUUAAUAGUGACGUUUUUAAAGGAGCUUACAAUUUAUUGCAGUUGGAUUUGUCGACAAAUUUUCUGCGAGAAUUUCCAAGUGACGCGUUAAGACAUUUAACGGAAUUAAAAUUUCUCAAUCUAUCGAACAAUUUGAUCGAUGAGAUCGAGCAUGGGCAUUUAUCAACUUUAGGAGAGCUUCAGGUGCUGGAUCUUAGCCGAAACAAUAUCGGUCGGCUAGGUUUCAAUACAUUUUCGAAAUUAUCAGAAUUGACCAGGCUUGAUUUGAGUUUGAACGCAUUACGCACGAUCGAGGAAUCAUCGUUUAAUGGUUUGAAAAAGUUAAAAUGGCUCUCGUUGCAAGACAACAACAUCUUGUUAGUACCAGCUACCGCUUUGACAAAAUUACCAUCAUUAACUCAUCUACAUUUGGAGUUCAAUCGAGUUGCUGCUCUCCCGAUCGAGUUGAUCGAAGCGACAGCCUCAACUCUUGCAACGUUGGCACUCACUCGAAAUCUUGUUCGAGAAAUACCUGCUGGAUUAUUUCAAGAUUUUCAAGAGUUGACGAGCAUCGAGUUGUCUGGGAACAUGUUGUCAAGGAUAGCACGCGACACAUUUGUCGGAUUGGAAGAAACGUUGCUUGAAUUGGACGUGUCCUCGAACAGGCUGACUUCGAUCGGCCAACUUCCUUUAAGACGGUUGAUCUCCCUCGAUUUAUCCGGUAAUCGGUUAACGCGAAUCCCCCCAGAAACAUUCGAUUACUUGGAAAGGGUACGAUAUCUCAACCUAAGCUCAAAUCCUCUCUACGGUGGUUUCCCGCCUGUUUUUCCGUCUUCUGUGAUCGAUCUCGACGUAUCGCGCACAGAUUUAAACAUACUGCCCUCAAUUUUGUUUCGAAAUCUCGAAUCGCUCGAAAGGAUAUCGGUCGCUGGAAAUCGGUUGGAAAAAAUUGAGAAGGCCACGUUCGAUCGGCUAGUGAACCUCUCGAGAAUCGACUUGUCCGGGAACCUUAUCGAGCAUAUCGAGAACGAGGCUUUCGUAGGAUUGACCAAUCUGUACGAGUUAAAUUUACGAGGAAACAGGUUGAGUUCGUUUUCCGGGGAGCAUUUCGAUACCGGAACCGGGUUGGAGAGUCUUGAUUUAUCUUCAAACCGAAUAGAUCGAUUGUCACCGACCGCUUUCGCUAUUCAUCCAAGAUUAAGGGAGCUUGAUCUCUCCGAUAACCGAUUUCUCUACUUUCCAAGCGACUAUUUGAAACCUUUGCAAUUUCUUGAAUGGUUAAAUUUAUCGGGAAACGAGUUGAAAUCCGUCGACGAGUUUGCCUUUUCUCAACUCAUUCGGCUUCGAACGCUGAACCUCGCCGCAAACCGGAUUGAGUCGCUCAACGAGCUUGCUUUCCAUAAUUCCACGCAGCUCCAAUUGCUUGAUUUGUCAGGGAACGACAUCGAGGCUCUGAGCGAGAGAACGAUGGAGGGCCUGCUCCGUUUGGAACAUCUCAACCUUCGGGACAAUCGUUUAACCUCACUUCCGGAAACGAUAUUCGAUCCAACCAGAGUCCGUUCCGUGGAAAGUAUCGAUUUGUCUGGAAAUCGAUUAAACGAAAUUCCGAUUAGAUCUUUGCAACGACAGACCGCCUCUCUUUCCAGUUUGAACCUUGCCCGAAAUAAAAUGGUCGAAUUGUUUAGCCAGGAGGUUGCAAGCAAUGUGAAGGAAUUGGAUCUAUCGGACAAUCCGUUGAGCGCAAACGCGAUUAAGGGAAUAUUGGGAGAAGCGAAGAUUCUUCGAUCGUUGAACUUGGCCAAUACUGGGAUCAACCGUCUGAUGGUGAGACUCGAGACACCUUUCUUGAAGCGGCUCAAUCUUUCCAGGAACGACUUGACCGAGCUCAAAGUAAGCACCCUUGAACGUGCUACCAUGCUCGAAACGUUGGAUAUCUCGAGGAACAAAUUGUCGGAUUUUUCGAACAUGAAUCAAACGUUUCAAGCGUUACCAGCCCUCCGCUGGCUGGACGUAUCCAACAAUCACGUGAAGAUUGUCAACGAAACCAGUUUCAAUAGCUUGAUCAGUUUACGGUUUCUGAAGAUGUCCAGUCUGCAUAAUUGUACGAGAAUCGAGCGGAAUGCAUUCAAAUCAUUCGGAAAGCUUCGUUCCUUGAUAGCCUACGAUUAUCCAAAAUUGGGCUAUUUCGACGUUCAAGGUAUUCUGAAAGGAAUGAAUAAUUUGGAACUGUUGGACAUUGAGAUCAAAGAUUCAUCGAUAAGCAAUGAACAACUAUCGAUACGUUCGCAUCCUCGGCUCAAGGAGGUAAUUUUACGAGGAGACAGGCUCAGGAAUAUUUUGUCCAGUUCGUUGGUCGGUGUCAGAGGACCUAAGCUAGUGUUCGGUCUCAAAAACACUUCCGUUGACUCGAUGCCUGCCGCUCUUUUCUUUCCGGUACCACGCUCAACCGAACUGGAACUUGACAUCUCCGGUAGCAAAUUUACCACUUUAUCUGGCCAAUUUCUUUCAGCGCUUGACGAACGAACCGGUACGGUGAAGAUCAAGGGGCUUCGAUACAAUCCGAUUGACUGUAAUUGCGACGCAAGGCAUCUCUGGAAAUGGUUGAAAACGGUCGGUAAUGAUGAUCCUUCGAAUCUCGUUCUCUGUUCCGCUCCUGCCAAUUUAGUUGGCUCGUCGCUCACCAGUCUCGCUGAACAUCGAUUGUCAUGUGAUUUCACCUCUUAUACCUCUGUUGACGAGCUUGUCGACGAUAACACCGCGACUAACCACGUUCUCGUUGCCUCGUCUUCUCCUUCGUCUACAAUCAGAUCGACAUUUUCGGAACCCGAGAUUAUUUGGACAGUAGCACCUGCGGUACAAAACGCCGAUCGCAAUAAACAUUACAAUAACGAUCACGCCACUUCUUCGCCAGCCGGAUCUUCCACCGGCACUGACGACACACUGAUUAUCGGUAUCGUAGGAGGAGUUGUCGCGUUUAUAGCAUUGAUUGUGAUCGUAAUCUGCGUGUGCCGUUUCAGAUGGUCCUCCAAUCGAAUCGAUCAGACGCGUUUAGCUGUAGCGGCAGCGACUAGCAGUAUCCCUGAUGCCUCGAUGGUUAGACCCGCUAGCGCCUAUUCAGGCAAGAUCAAUCACGAGCUUUAUCUCGGAUCGUAUAACGAAUCCACGUUAGAUCGUGGAAAUAACGCGAUAGCUCCUUGUAUUCCAACAAUGUCGCACCAAAUGAUGCCUUUGGUUCAACCACCAGUGCACCUUAUGCACACUCUUUUAGCGCAAACUCAACCACAAUCGCAGUCCCAAUUGCAAGCGCAACAAUUUUACGGAUACUGCGAUGGCUCUUCUUUACCUAUUUACAUUGCCUGCUCAACCGAUGCCAAGUGCGACAGAUAACCUGUAAGAUAUUUACUUUUCCUUACCUUUCUACCUUACAUUUCCACUUCAUACACACAUAUACCUCAUAGUUUACUCGAUCAUAUUCUGUCAACAACGUGCUCUGUUGACGUGUUCACGUUCAUUCAUCAAACAUUCGUCAAUGAUUGUCAUUUAAUGAACUAACAAAUAAGUACUUAUAUAUACAAACAUAUGCUCAGCGCAUGUGCGUAACCUCGUAUACAAAACAUGUUAUAUAUAUUUUAGAUAUUUUAUAAAUGUGUGUGUAUAGUCACACUGAUAUUUUUAAUUAUGAAUUUAUAUGUA